AUGUCAACACCAUUAUUUCGACGCACACUCCUCCUCACCUUCGACGCGUUCGGCACACUCUUCCACCCACGCGCCCCCAUCCCCGAACAAUACCUCGCGACCGCCCGCCAAUUCGGACUAUCGCAUCAUGCCCUUACACCAGACAAUCUCAAAUCCGCAUUCAAGGAUACAUAUCGCGCGCAAAUGCUCCGAUACCCGAAUUACGGUCGUGCGGACGUUCUCCGCGGCCAGUACGGGGGACCGAGGCAGUGGUGGGCGGAGGUGAUCAAGGGGAGCUUCGCGCGUGCCAUGACGGAAACUGGGGAGAGUAGUCUUGAGCGACGAAACAGACACAGCGGACAUGACGUGGAGCUUCCCGCUGGCAUGGUGGAAGCUCUGCUAGAUCGGUUUGCUGGUCGUGAGGGGUAUACGCUCUUCGACGACGUGUUGCCCUUCUUCUCCAGACUGCGCAAGCUUAAACGGGAACAGAAAUGGACUUUUGAUAGGAUUGUUGUUGGUAUCAUAUCGAAUUCGGAUGACCGGGUCCCUGCUGUGUUGAAGUCGUUGGGAUUGACAGUUGGUGAUGUGCGCGCCGACCAGGACAGGUCGAGUGUUGACCUUCCUGGGUUUGAGGAGCGAAGUGUCAGGGGAGUUGGUGUUGCCAACAGCGAAGAUCACAAUUUAGACCUCGAUAUUGAUAUGGUUAUUACGAGUUACGAGGCCGGUGAGGAGAAGCCUCAUCGCUUGAUUUUUGACGUGGCGAGGAGACAGGCUCUACGCGUUGCCCGUCCGUGGUUAGGGAGAAAUACCAGAUUUAUGUCUGUGCAUGUUGGUGAUGAUUUCAAGAAGGAUUAUGUGGCUGCUAAGGAUGCGGGCUGGGAGAGCUACCUGGUUCGGGAGCCUCCACCCACACUCGACUCUGAUGUGAGGGAUUUCGGUGAUCUCCUACAACUCGCCGAGAAGCUCGAGAAGUAUUCAUGA